AAUUUGUUGAAAGGGGUGUGUUAAAAAAAAACAUAGCGGUGUGGCAUUCAAUCAGUGAGAUCAUCAAUUUUGUAAAAAACAGGUGUGAAUCGGGUGGUCCCUAUUUAAGGAUGAAGCCAAACAGCUGUUGAACGUGCAUUUCUCCUCUAAUGCUUUAAAAUGAACAGCAAGACCAAAGGCACAUGGCAGAAAAUGGAAGACUGCCAUCAAAAUGCAUGGAUCACAGUAUGAUCAGAAUGGUAAAGGCUGAGGCAAUGAUCAGCUCCAGGAUGAUCAAAGACAGUCUGGAGUUACCUGUAAAGUACUGUGACAUUGAGAAGACGUCUGUGUGAUAAUCUAUUGACAAGAAUCACCUGCAAAGUUCCUCUGUUAAAAAAAUGCAUGUGCAGAAGAGGCUACAGUUUGCCAAAGAACACAUCAACUGGCCUAAAAAGAAAUGGAGGAUCUGUAAAGAUGACAACCAAAUCCAAUAGCCGUGUUCUGGAUGGCAAGGCAUCUUCCUCCCCUCUUUUGUCAUCACCAAAUCGGCAACGUCUGGUCACAAAAGACGGACACUGCACCCUUCAGCCUCCGCUUUGUCCCUCUGGCUCGUGGCUUACAGCAUCGAGUCGGGCUUGGCUGUUAGCCCUGCAUGACAUGUGGGGACAGCUAGUUAGUCUCCGCUGGAGAUGGGUCUUGUUGGCUUUCUGUGCAUCCUUUGUGGCUCACUGGCUGCUGUUUGCUUGUCUUUGGUACUUGCUGGCUCACAUCAAUGGAGACCUAGAUGUGCUGGAUCAUGAUGCCCCCCCAGAGGGGCAUGUGGUUUGUGUGAAGCACAUUACCAGCUUCACCGCCGCCUUCUCCUUUUCCCUUGAGACACAGCUCACCAUCGGCUACGGCACCAUGUUCCCCAGUGGAGAUUGUCCUAGUGCCAUAGCACUGCUGGCUGUGCAGAUGCUGCUGGGACUCAUGCUGGAGGCAUUCAUCACAGGUGCAUUUGUGGCCAAGAUCUCGAGACCUCAGAAGCGAGCCGGGGCCAUCCAGUUCAGCCACCUAGGCAUGGUGGGCCUGCACCAGGGCCAAACUUGUCUCAUGUUACGAGCCACAAACCUGCUACAGCGCCCUCUGGUCGAUGUGAAGGUGAGUGCUGUGCUUUAUGAGGAGCAUGAAGGCCAACCCUUGCACCAAACCUCCCUGGAUUUCUAUGUGGAUCAUCUGGGCCAACAUCCCUGCCCCUUCUUCGUCUUUCCACUGACCUUUUACCAUCCCAUGGACCGCCAAAGCCCCCUCUACGCUGCCCUGCGUGAAGACACGUCCAAGCACUUUGAGCUGGUGGUGUUCCUGUCAGCCUCGCAGGAGGGAACAGGUGACACCUGCCAGAAGAGGACCUCCUAUCUCCGCCAGGAGAUCCAGUUUGACCGUUCCUUUGUACCUGCCUUGGGGCUGGAUGCCUGUGGAAGGUAUGUUGUGAGCAACCAUCACUUUGACACUAUGCACUCUAAGGACCCUUUGGACAAGGACUGUGUUGUGCAGAUCAACGGUGAUGGGAGCGACAGGAUGGAGUAAAAAUAUUGGAGUGUAUCUUACACUGGGACAAAGGGCAGUUUCUGUGGUUCAAUUAUGGAGAGCUAAUAGGGAGCAGAUACGGUGUUUUAUCAGUAGAUAAUUCUGGAAAAUUAGAGUUUGUGUCGAAUCAUUUUAAACUGUCAAGUUCAUAAGCCUUAUCCAUGUAAUAUUUUGCCAAAAAUGGACCCAAGGGGCUCUAUUUUCAGGGUUUAACCCAGUAGGCCAAGUUCACGUAAAAUCUGCUUUAUUGUGGGGAAAAAUCGACAAUGUAUUUUCUAUGCUACUUGACCUGAUGAAGGUUGUGGGUGAUCUCGAGCCUAUCCUAGUUGAUUGCAGGAGGCAGGGUACAAUGUAUGCUGGGUUAGGGUUAACACCUCUUUGUACUAAUUCGUGCAGCAACAACGCUGACAUCACUGUGGCUCUGUGGUAGUUUGCCUCUGUAUUCCAGCACAGUUUUGAAAAUGUACAGCAGUUCUUCUCUAAGUCAAAGGUGUCACUACCACUGGUAUUGGCUAGAACGACACAGCGUAUAGUUUCUUCACCCUAACUGUAUCUUGGUCAUUUCCAGUAGCUCUUUUUAUUUUCUUUUACACGAUUUGGAAUAAAGCAACAAUCACAAUGGUGGAAGCAUGUCUGUUUGGGAAAAAAUUGACCUAUAUGACCAGAUAAUACAUUUAAUUAUGCUGUGAAAUUGAUUGAGAAGGCGGCGUAGGUGGUAUGUGGAACCCGGAGCUAACAGUGAGUACGUCAUACAGCAUCUGACUAAAACUCGCCAAUCACGAGAGAUGAACUCCACAGCUUUCUCCACGCAGCAACAUUUUUUUUAACGUGUGCGCGGCAAGCUAAGCACAAGCAACACUAAGUUGUUUCAUGGGGAAAUGUGUAGGUCACGUGAUGAACUCCAGGAGUUGUCAAAUGCGCAACCGCAAGUGUAUAAAGUGGCUUUUAGGGUUAGGGUGAGUCAUUAUAGGGAAUAUACUGUAUAAAUAACCUUCCACACUUCGAUUAAUUUAGAGUCUCUACUAACUAACAUGCAUGUUUUUGGGAUGCGGGGGAAAAAGCUGGAGGAUACCUGAAGAAAUCCCACAAGCAUGGGAAGAAUUGAGCUAAGAUUCAAACUUGACAUCCCUCAAUUGUGAGCCCAAUGUACUACCCACUUAAUUCUCUGUUCUAUAAUAUAAUACUACGAUAAUGUGUUGUUGUUGUUUGUCACUAUCGGGAUGUCUCUGGUGGCAUUUGUGCAAUCUCGCAGUGGUUGCCUGAGUUUAGCCCAGAUUCCCAUUCACCAUUCCAAAUACACAUUAAGAUUGAAGCAUAUUAAGAUAUCCAUCCAUCCAUUUUCUGAGCCACUUAUCCUCAAUAGGUCGCAGAAGGGCUGGAGCCUAUUACAGCUGUCAUUGGGUAGGAGGCAGGCUACACCCUGAUCUGGUUGCCAUCCAAUUGCAGGGCACAUAGAGACAAACAAUCGCACUCAGAAUCACACCUAGGGGCAAUUUAGAAUCCAAUGAAUGCAUGUUUUUGCAAUGUGGGCGGAAACAAGAGUGGCUCGAGAAAACCCACGCAGUCAAGGAGAUAACAUGUAAACUUCACACAGGCAGUGCCGGCAUUUGAACCGCGACGAUCCUCAGAACUGUGAGGCCAACACUCUACAGUUGCCCCA